AUGGCAAACAGAACAUUAAAGGAUGCCAAAAACAUCCAUGGAACCAAUCCACAGUAUCUCAUUGAGAAAAUCAUCAGAUCAAGAAUUUAUGAUUCACAAUAUUGGAAAGAAAGCUGUUUUGCACUUACAGCGGAACUUAUGGUUGAUAAAGCGAUGGAAUUACGAUUUUUGGGCGGUGUUUUUGGAGGAAAUAUUAAGCCGACGCCAUUUAUUUGCCUGGUUUUAAAGUUUUUACAGAUCCAGCCAGAAAAAGAUAUUGUAAUUGAAUUCAUCAAGAAUGAGGAGUUUAAGUAUGUCCGUGCAUUAGGAGCAUUCUAUUUAAGACUUACAGCAUCAGCUGUUGAUUGCUACAAAUAUCUUGAGCCACUUUACAAUGAUUAUCGGAAGUUAAGAAGACAAAAUCGAAUGGGACAUUACGAAAUUGUUCAUAUGGACGAGUUUAUUGAUGAAUUAUUAAGAGAGGAACGUGUUUGCGAUGUUAUUCUACCGAGAAUCCAAAAGAGAUGUGUUUUAGAAGAAAGUGGUGAACUGGAUCCAAAAGUUUCUUUACUAGAUGACGAUUUAGACCAAGAAAUGAUGACUGACGAUGAAGAAAAUGAGAAAGUCAGUGAGCCACCAAAACAUACAAGCAGUAAGCAUACAUCAUCAUCAGAUCAUCGCAGAAGGAGUCGUUCAAGAUCAACAUCCCGUGAAAAAUACAAAAAAUCAAAGGAUCGUAAAAGAAAUGAGUCACCAUUACGCAAAAAGUACAAAGAGGAACGACGAGACAGGAAAAGAUCACCAAAUCGUGACAGACGUCGCUCAAGAUCCCGUUCAAAUGAAAGAUCCAGAAAUUAUGAUGAUCGGUACCAUAAACGUGAUAGAAGCUACGAACGGGAUAGACGACGAUACUAG